AACAACAACAAACAAACAAUCCUCACCUUUCCAUUGCUCCUCCACAGUACUGGAGAGAAAAAUGGAAUGAAAUGAGAGUAGUGUUUUAGAGAGAGAGAGAAAUAGAGAGAUGGGAGAGAGAGAAGAGGUCCAGAAUAAUACUGAUAUAGAGAUAGGUGUGGAGAGAAGGGGACCAUCAUCGUCGUCAUCAUCAUCAAGAAGUGCAUCACCUGAGUCGAGAAGAAUCACGUCGUCUUCACUGAAAGAACCGCUGCUUCUUCCUCAUGAUGCCAAGAGAAUCAACCAGACCUCUCACCUCGCCAUUAUUGGCGCCAAUGUCUGUCCCAUUGAAAGCCUCGACUACGAGAUUAUCGAGAAUGAUCUUUUUAAGCAGGAUUGGAGGUCUAGAACAAAAAAUGAGACACUUCAAUAUGUUUUUUUUAAAUGGACCCUUGUACUCAUUAUCGGUUUAGGUACAGGGUUCGUUGCCUUCUUCAAUAACCUUGCUGUUGAGAAUAUAGCUGGUUUCAAACUUUUGUUCACCAACAGCCUCAUGCUUAAGGAUAAGUAUUUUCAGGCAUUUGCAGCAUAUGCUGGUUGUAACAUGGUUUUGGCCAUUGCAGCUGCUGGACUCUGUGCCUACAUUUCUCCCGCAGCAGCAGGAUCUGGCAUACCUGAGGUGAAAGCUUACCUCAAUGGAAUAGAUGCUCAUUCUAUAUUGGCUCCAAGCACCCUUUUUGUGAAGAUUUUUGGUUCCAUUUUUGGAGUGGCUGCUGGAUUUGUUGUGGGGAAGGAAGGACCUAUGGUACACACUGGUGCCUGCAUAGCCUCUUUACUUGGGCAGGGUGGUUCUUGCAAGUAUGGUUUGACUUGGAAGUGGCUCAGAUACUUCAAAAAUGAUUUGGACCGGCGGGAUUUAAUCACCUGUGGUGCUGCUGCCGGUGUAGCAGCUGCCUUCCGUGCCCCAGUUGGCGGGGUCCUCUUUGCAUUAGAAGAAAUAGCUUCCUGGUGGAGGAGUGCUCUUCUUUGGAGGACUUUUUUUACAACAGCAGUAGUAGCAGUGGUGUUGAGGACUUUCAUUGUUUUUUGCCGGGGUGGACAAUGUGGACUAUUUGGGGAAGGAGGCCUCAUCAUGUUUGAUGUCAACUCAGUGAAUCCCACUUACAGCAUUGCAGAUCUACUGGCUGUAAUAUUCCUUGGAAUGAUUGGAGGCAUUUUCGGGAGCCUUUACAAUUAUCUUGUGGACAAGGUCCUUCGCACUUACAGCAUCAUCAAUGAGAGAGGUCCUGUUUUUAAAAUCCUUCUUGCCAUCAUCAUCUCCCUUUUGACCUCCUGUUGUUCUUAUGGCCUUCCCUGGUUAUCAAAGUGCAUUCCUUGUCCUACUUCCUUGGGGGAUCAGUGCCCCACUGUAGGUCGCUAUGGAAACUUCAAAAGUUUCCAAUGUCCACCUAACCAUUACAAUGAUCUUGCUUCCCUGUUUAUGACUACCAAUGAUGAUGCUAUCCGCAACCUAUUUAGCUCUGGUUUUGACAAGGAAUUUCAGCUCUCUACUCUUAUAGUUUUCUUUGCUGCUAUAUACUGCUUAGGCAUUAUUACCUAUGGAAUUGCCGUUCCCUCUGGGCUCUUCAUCCCUGUCAUACUUGCCGGGGCUUCUUAUGGACGCCUUGUUGGGACUCUCCUCGGUUCUCUCUCUGAUCUUGAUGUGGGCUUCUUUGCCUUACUUGGAGCCGCAUCCUUCUUGGGGGGCACCAUGAGAAUGACUGUUUCUCUCUGUGUGAUACUUCUUGAACUUACUAAUAGUCUACUAAUGCUCCCAUUGGUAAUGCUAGUUCUCCUUAUUUCAAAAACUGUGGCUGAUUGUUUCAACAAGGGUGUCUAUGACCAAAUUGUGGAAAUGAAGGGGUUUCCAUUUUUGGAAGCCCAUGCCGAACCAUACAUGAGGAACUUGACUGCAAGUGAUGUUGUUUCUGGUCCAUUAGUCACAUUUUCUGGGGUUGAAAAAGUGGCCAAUAUAUUAUAUGCUCUAAAAAUAACAAAGCAUAAUGGGUUCCCUGUGAUUGAUGAGCCACCAUUCUCAGAUGCUCCCCAGUUGUGUGGACUUGUUCUGAGGUCUCAUCUGCUGGUGUUGCUUAAAGGAAAGAAGUUCACAAAGCGGAGGAUGGCAAUUGGAUCUAACAUGUUGAGGACGUUCAAUGCACAAGAUUUUGAUAAGGCAGGAUCAGGCAAGGGGGUCAAGCUGGAGGAUUUAGACAUCAAGAAAGAGGAACUUGAGAUGUAUGUUGAUCUCCAUCCCAUCGUUAAUACAUCCCCAUACGCAGUAGUUGAGACAAUGUCUCUUGCAAAAGCUGCAGUUCUCUUUCGACAGCUUGGCCUCAGGCACAUGUUGGUUACGCCAAAGAUGCCCGGGAGGCCUCCAGUUGUUGGAAUCUUGACGCGGCAUGACUUCAUGUCAGAGCAUGUAUUGGGACUUUACCCACAAUUUCAGCCUAAGAAUUAGAGUGAGCAAUUUACACAAUGGAUCUGUAUCAUCACUUUAAAAGCUAUUAUCAUUUUUUUAUAAUUGUUAUUGCCAUUUCUCGGAAAUGGAAGACUCGUGUAACAAAAAAGAAGAAGUAUUUAAAAAUUAAAAUAUG